CACACACGACCCAGUCUAGAAUUUCUGAGCAGUGGAAGAAGGCCAAUGCAAAACACUGCCUUCUUCCCAUUCACACCGGUUCGCGUAUUACGCAUGCAGUCUUGUUUUUCAACCUCCUUGCUUGUACCUUUGCCAACACACGGUUGAGAUGGAGACAUACACUGUUAUGUCGUGUCGUACAGUUGAAUGACGGCCAGAUGGGCACCACGUCGAACGCUGCCAGAUCCUGCCAGACCAAACCAACAAGACAACCGCGACCUUUCUACAAAGAGCAAUCGCAAACACGAGUCAGCUCUUCAUAGUCGUCAUACAACCAAACAAAAGAGCUCUUGGAAGUAUUUUUACUGACAAAAGGCUGCGGUAGCGGUGUUUGUCAUCCCUCGGGAGCUUCUUUCCGCACUUUUCGGAGGCGCUCACGUGACCAUGCUUACGUCCAAACUUCGCUGAACUAUGCACAGGAAGUAGUGGGCGUUAAAAAUUAGGCAGCGCUGCAUCAAACCAUGGGGAGGCAGUUUGGAAGUCUGUGGCCGUUCUUUGCCUUGUCUGCAAUAUCGAUACAAAUAGUUGGUGUUGUCCACGCCGAUAUCCCGGAAGUGUCUGCGAACGCUCUGAGGGACUCUCUGGAAGGACCUUUCGGAGUCAACAGGCACCACCUAGCCAACCCCUCAGGAAAGGCAGCGGCGAGGACACACAUCAUUGAUGUCUUUCAGGAGUACGGUUUGGACGUCACGGUUCAGAACUUCACUGGGCCGGGAGGAAAUAGGGAUGAAAGUGGCACCAACAUUAUCGGCGUGAAGCGCGGGAAACUGAACGGAACUUCAGACGACAAGAUCGUGGCUGUGGGGGCCCAUUACGACACCGCGUCCAGCUCUCCAGGUGUCAAUGAUGACGGAUCCGGCAUGGCAGCCUUGUUGGAGAUCAUCAGGGUGAUGACGUCAUGUAGCCAGCAAAAUUACACCACCAUAUUCGUGGCGUUUGACAAGAGCGAAGCUCCCGGCGUCUCCCCCGUGGACGUUUCUGUCAGUCCCUGCCAGACGAAACUCGGGUCCGACGACUUCGUCUGCUCCUGGCUUCUCCCCUUCAUCCAGUCUUCAGGAGGUCCAGAGUUCCAAGGGAUCUUCAUGUUGGAAACCAUCAUGAACUAUGACCCACGGUCCUACGUUCAGUACUUCCCUGAAAGAUUUCAAGUGAUGUACCCGAAUGCGUACCUUGACUCCACCGCCUCCAACAUGACGGGAGAUUUCCUCAUGUUGAUCCACAAGCCGGACGAGGCACCACUGGUGACGGCGUUACAGCAGACAUGGGACGGGACGUCCAAAGAACCCGCUGGUGCCAGGUUACUGGACGUGACUGUACAGGCAGAAGGAAGAGCAGUAUCUGGCUCUUACAUCUUCGGGCCGACUGACUGUCUGCCAUUUUGGGCUAAAGCUCCGUAUUUUCGAUGUGUGUCUUUGACGGAUACAGCUAAUUACCGAGGAACUAUGCGGCAGUGCUACCACAAUCCGUGUGAUAACGUCACCAGCAUCACUGACGAGAAGUUGACCUUCUUGGCCAAGGUCACAGACUCCGUUCUGCAGACGACUUUAAGACUCGCCCAGGUCAACAUGGACUCCUGUACAGCAGACCGGUGCGAAGACCACCACGACCAGUGUUCGGAGUGGGCUGCCCAGGGGGAGUGUGGGCGGAACCAGGGCUACAUGCUGGCGGCCUGCAGGAAGAGCUGCGAUACGUGCGCACAAGAGUUCUGUGCGGACUACUACCACCGGUGUGAGGACUGGGCGGCUGACGGGGAGUGUGAUUCCAACCCCAGGUACAUGAUGGUGUCCUGCAGACUCAGCUGUAACGCCUGCGAAGCACCAACGUCACCAACGGGUUGUAAGGACGACAACGCCCUGUGCCCGGCUUGGGCGGCAGACGGAGAGUGUGAAACGAACCCCACCUGGAUGCUGGAUUCCUGUCAGCUCAGCUGUGGCUCCUGUGCAGUAGAGUGCAAGCCUGGGUUCAAGGGAUUCCGUGGGAAGUGCGAAGCCAGUCGUGUGUACAAGUUAUCGAUACGACUGAAGUCUCGACCAUUUUCGGACGAUCUGAAAAAGAACCAGAGCACGGAAUACGUGGCCUUGGCCGCCGAGGUCACAGACACUGUCCAGGAUCUCUUCCGGAUUUCCAACAUCUCGGAGGUCUUCCAGGGCGCUACCAUUCUCGGUUUCCGGGCGGGGAGUGUGAUAGCUGACCUAAAGGUCCACAUCUUGCAGUCAGCGGAGGAAGGCCAGGACGAAGUGAUCGCGGCUUUCAGUGAGGCCCUGGAGUAUAAGAACGGAACAGAGUUGGACAUUGAUUUGAACCUGUUCGAUGUGACAGACCUGGACGAGUGCUCGGCCCCGGAGCUUAACGAUUGCUCGGAGAAGGCGUCGUGUACAAACACGGUGGGAUCGUUCUCCUGCCAGUGCCGGGGCGGGUACGAGGACCAGUCGGCCGCAGGUGGGGACAGCCCCGGGCGGGUUUGUGUGGUGCCCACGGGGAAAAGCAAGGCGGUGUGGAUCGCCGUUGCUUGCGGAGUUUUACUAGCUUGCAUCGUAGUUGGCGUAGUGGUCUACAAGCGUAAACAGCAGAAGAGCGCUGAGAGGGAGGCCAUCAUUCAAGGCGACAAGGAAGCCAUCAUACAAGAACCUUUCGACGAGACACACCCAUCCCCGGCACGGAGCACACCCAUCCAACUUGGCCGGAUGUCUUGAAUUCUGAUGGCAUCCGCGUCUUACAAGAAGAACGUCUCCUACCGACGCUAUGGAAGAAACGCAAAUAUCCAGCUAGAAAAAAAUGAUAAACGUAGACCGUUUUCUUAUGCGAUUUAUAAUCAUAACAUGCACAUAUUUCCUCGUUGAGCGAUUUCCUUGGUAAUAAUUCUGAAUAUUGAAAACGUUACUUAUCAUUGUCAAAUGUGAAAAAAUAUGCCCAUAGUUCAAGUACUCAAAAUUACAUUUAAGUGACGAUGAGAA